CAUUUCAACACAAGUGAAGUUUGUGGGAACAUAACUGGCCGUCUAUCGGCACACUAAUCAGAGCAGUAGCCAGCUACUGUGUCACCAUUUCGGCUUCAUUUUGGACUUUUAGACACGCAGGCUCGACUAUGGAGGUAGUCCGGGUAAUUUUGAGCGUCCUGUCCGUGUUUGUUGCUCUGGUCCCGGAGAGGUUUGUGGUGCUGUCUGCCUUCUCUCAGUCGUUAGACAGCGACUUCACGUUCACUCUCCCACCGGGUCGCAAGGAGUGUUUUUUCCAGACCAUGAAGAAAGAUGCCUCACUGGAGAUUGAAUAUCAGGUAUUAGAUGGUGCAGGUCUCGAUGUAGAUUUCUUCAUAUCCUCUCCGUCUGGCCAAGUUCUGUUCAGCGACUACCACAAGUCAGAUGGAGUGCACACGGUGGAGACCGAGGACGGAGACUACAUGUUCUGCUUCGACAACUCAUUCAGCUCCGUCUCCGAGAAGCUCAUCUUCUUCGAGUUGAUCCUGGACAACAUGGAUACAGAUGAGGACCCGGACGACUGGAAGGAGUAUGUCCAUGGAACAGACAUGCUGGACAUGAAGCUAGAAGACAUUAUGGACACCAUGAACAACGUGAAGGCUCGGCUGGGCAAAAGCGUGCACAUCCAGACGUUGCUGCGGGCGUUUGAGGCUCGCGACAGAAACGUCCAGGAGAGCAACUUCGACAGGGUGAACUUCUGGUCUGUCGUAAAUCUCAUUGUUAUGAUAAUAGUAUCGACGGUUCAGGUCUACCUGGUCCGCUCGCUGUUUGAAGAUAAAAGAAUUCGUACAUAACACCACCCCAAACGGAGGGACGGGGGAGAGAAACUAACGCACUUGCCCUCAGAUACUUUUGGGAUUUUUUUCAGCACAUCUCCUGGUUUGUGACUUUUAAAACAAAGAUGUCAUCUAUACACAUAUGCACGCACAGGUACACAAACAGACAUUUUCUCAAUGACGGCGUCACCUCUGCUGUUGCUCAGUGCACUGGAGUGAAAGGGACAGCGGGGGUCCCUGGUUUGGAACAAGAACUUACAACUAUCUCCUCCUCUACUUUGCAAAAUCAGUGUCUUUGCUGCAGAAAAAAAGUCAAAAGUCUCUGUCUCUCCUUGAACCUUGUUUGUUGUUUUAUAGUCCUCCUUGUGGCUGUAGCUCUUCCCAAAAAGUGACAUAACAAGCACGUUUACGAUGAGACUGUUUUUCUAACGGAGCCUAAAGUUGAAAGGCCAAUUGCAAAAAAUGUCCUGUUUUCUUUGGACACGUUUUUAUUUGAGAUAAACUAGAUGAAGAAAUUG